AGCAGCUGGAGCCAACCGGAAAAAGAGGAGCAGGAAGCGGAAGUGUGCUGUGUGCUGAUGUGUGGGACGCAGCUGGAUCCGUUCAGAACCUUUAAGAGAAAGCAGAGCGGGCGGAACACCGAGCUGGAACCGGAGCUUGGAGCGUAAAGUGUGAUGAAUGAAGCCGAGCUGCUGAAGCUGAGCUCGGCUGCUUUUUCCUCCCAGAGACGGAGCCAGCAGCGUCCAGGAGCCGCUGAGGACCCAGAGACAGGGGGCCAGACAGGGGCCCCGCUCGAUUUUUCCACAACAUCAUGUCUGUUGCUAAGCAAGAAGUUCUUGGUCAUCAUUUUACGGUCAGCCAAAAUGAGAUCUCUGUUCUGUACCAGAGGGAAACAGAACCUCUAAAAACCAAAAGGACUGAAGAGGAACUAGAACCUACACAAGUAAAAGAAGAAGAGUAUGGAUCAGAGCUUCUGCGGAUUGUGAUGAAAGAAGACCACAUAGAACUGAGGCAAGAGGGUGAUAGAUGGACAGUUUCUGGACCUCUUGAAAUCAAAGAAGAAUCAGAGGAACUAGAACUGAUCGAAAUUAAGAAAGAUGACCAUGAAUCAGAAUCUCAGUCGGCUGUAAAGACUGAGGUUGAAGGUAUCAGUAACGAUGAAAACCAGGAUGUACUGAAGCAGGAAACUGAGACAUUAAUGGGAACAGAUUCUGGAUCUCCUGAAAUCAAAGAGGAAUCAGAAGAACUAGACCCUAAACAAGUGAAGGAAGAGGAGCAUGGAUCAGGACCUCCGCAGAUGGUAAAGAAUGAGGCUGAUGGAAUCAGUCAGGAUGAAAACCAGGAUGUACUGAAGCAAGAGACAAAUACUUCAACCCUGACAAAUUCUAGUGAUGAAACAGAUAAACAAGCUGAACUAAAUGGAAACAAAAUCCUCAUUCAGAACAUCCUUAAUGUGAAGAAUCAUCAGGAAAUAAAGACUUACGAACCCUCGGAAUCCAGCAGAGCUGAACUGCAAAAGAAGAGAGCUCAGAAAAUCAGAAGUCAAAGUGUAGAGAAAGGGAUGAAGGACAAAAACAUGAACAGCAGUAAAAAAUGUAAACAGUGUGAAGUCUGUGGUAAAUAUUUCCAAUUCACUUUUGAUUUAACAACUCAUAUGAGAACUCAUACAGGUGAGAGACCGUUCUCCUGUAUAACCUGUGGAAAGAGUUUUAGUCAAAAAAGUAGCUUAUCUACUCAUCAGAGAACUCAUACAGGAGAGAAGCCAUUCUUAUGUGUAACCUGUGGGAAAAGUUUCAGUUACAAAGGUAGUCUGAAUAGCCACAUGAGAACUCAUACAGGAGAGAAGCCUUUCUCGUGCAUCACAUGUGGAAAGAAUUUCAAUCAAAAGUUCACUUUGGAUUGCCACAUGAGCACUCAUACAGGAGAGAAGCCUUUCUCCUGUAUCACUUGUGGAAAAUGUUUCAAUCAAAAAUGUAAAUUGAAUACCCACAUGAAAACUCACAAAGGUGAGAAGCUAUUCUCAAGUGUCACUCUUGAAAAAGGUUGCAAUCAAAAAAGUGACUCAUCUGGUCAGCAGACAACUAAUACAGGUGUGAAGCAGUUGUUAUGCAUUGCCUGUGGAAAAGGUUUCCGUCAAAGAAGUAACUUGAAUAGUCACAUGAGAACUCAUACAGGAGAGAAGCCUUUUUCCUGUAUCACUUGUGGAAAAAGUUUCAAUCAAAAAUUUAAAUUGAAUCACCACAUGACAAUUCAUACAGGAGAGAAGCCUUUCUCAUGUGUCACCUGUGGAAAAGGUUUCAUUCAGAAAUGUAAAUUGAAUAGCCAUAUGAGAACUCAUACAGGAGAGAAGCCUUUCUCAUGCGUAAGCUGUGGGAAGAGUUUCUUUCAAAAAAGUCAGUUGUCUAUUCACCAGAAAACCCAUACAGGUGUGAAGCCGUUGUCAUGUAUUACCUGUGGAAAAGCAUUUGGUCGAAAAAGUACUUUGAAUAGCCACAUGAGAACUCAUACAGGAGAAAAGCCUUUCUCAUGUAUUAUCUGUGGAAAAUGUUUCAGUGAAAAAUGCAAUUUGAAUAGCCACAUGAGAACUCAUACAGGAGAUAAGCCUUUCUUGUGCAUCACCUGUGGAAAAGGGUUCAAUCAAAAAUUUAAACUGAAUAACCACAUAAGGAAUCAUACAGGAGAUAAGCCUUUCUUUUGCGUAAGCUGUGGGAAAGGUUUUAUUCGCAAAAGUGACUUGUCUAUUCACCAGAGAAUUCAUACAGGCGUAAAGCCUUUGUUGUGUACUGCUUGUGGAAAAUCUUUCAAUCAUAGAAGUAACUUGAAUAGACACAUGAGAACUCAUACUGGAAAGAACCCUUUCUCGUGUAUCACCUGUGGAAAAGGUUUCAAUCAAAGAUUUAAUUUGAACAGACACAUGAGAACUCAUACAAAAGUAAAGCCGAUGCCGCGUUCGUUUGUGGGAAAGGUUUUAAUUAAAAAAGUAGUUUGACUUGCUACAUGGGAACUUGUUCAAGGGAAAUGCUUUUCCUUUUUCUUUAUGUAAAAUUUUGUAAUAGUCAAUUAACUUCACACAUGAAAAUGCAGGCAGUGGAAAACCAUUCUAUUGCAUUACCUAUGGAAAAUCCUUCAUAGUAGUCUAUCAACUUGACACAUAGGAAGUCAUACAGGUGAGAAGCCAUUUCCAUGCAUGACAUGUGGAAAUAGUUUUUUCUGGUGAAAUUAGUUUGAAAAGAAACAAAAGCGCAAACAUGUGAGAAACCUUUCCUAUGUGUGAGAAAUGUGUCAAAACAUUGAAUAGUCUCGUAACUCAUGCCUCUGUCAUGUCGUACCUGUGGUAAAGGUGUCAGAUUUAGUUGUAAUUUACAUUUAGUGCCUUGUGGUAUGUGUUUGAUUCAAUAAACCAAACUAAUUUUGUUAUGCAUGUUGUCAUUAUGAAUUCAGUGACAAUUUAGGUUGUCUCACUGAUGAUGGUUGGAUUUGCUUUGGGCAAAUACAAUUUUAAUAAAUGACCUUGAAUAAUUGCAA